GGCUCUUCCCGCGAUGUGCUACGCCAGAGCCGCCCCGGUCGCCGCGGACUCCACAUUCCAACGUCGCUGUGCUGCCGGUUGAGAAACCAGUGACUGAGUGACCGUCUUCUUCCCGUGCGACACUAACAAACCAACAACAUGUCUGACGAGGAAGAAUACUCUGGGUCUGAGGAGGAGGAAGUAGAAGAAGUCCCGGAGACACCUGCUCCUAAACAAGAGGGUAGACCGUCGAUCGUGGGCGAGGGAGAUCCAGAAUUCAUCAAGCGUCAAGACCAGAAGCGGUCGGACUUGGACGAGCAGCUGAAGGAAUACAUCAACGAAUGGCGCAAACAGAGAGCCAAGGAGGAGGAGGAGCUCAAACGCCUCAAGGAGAAGCAGGCUAAGCGUAAGGUAUCUCGCGCUGAAGAAGAAAAGCGUCUUGCCCAGAAGAAGAAGGAGGAAGAGGAGAGGAGAAUCCGCGAAAUUGAGGAAAAGAAACAGCGUGACAUCGAGGAGAAGAGGCAACGGCUUGAGGAAGCAGAAAAGAAGCGCCAGGCUAUGCUUCAGGCGAUGAAGGAAUCCAGCAAGACGGGACCCAACUUCACCAUUCAGAAGAAGAGUGACAACUUCGGCCUCAGCAAUGCUCAACUAGAGCGUAACAAGACCAAGGAACAGCUGGAGGAGGAGAAGAAGAUCUCUCUGUCAAUCCGCAUCAAGCCCCUUAACAUCGAGAACUUGGGAGUGGAGAAACUGCGAGCGAAAGCACAAGAGCUCUGGGAGUGCAUCGUUAAACUCGAGACCGAGAAAUACGAUCUCGAGGAGAGGCAAAAGAGACAGGACUAUGACUUAAAAGAACUUAAAGAAAGACAAAAGCAGCAGCUGAGACACAAGGCCCUCAAAAAGGGCUUGGACCCUGAAGCACUCACAGGCAAGCACCCGCCCAAGAUCCAGGUAGCGUCCAAGUACGAGCGGCGUGUAGACACACGGUCGUACGACGACAAAAAGAAACUAUUCGAGGGUGAUCUAGAGAAACUGAACAAGGACUUCCUCGAGAAGAUGUGGGCUGAGAAGGAUACCCAGUUUAAGGGCAGGCAAGCAGCAAAACUGCCGAAAUGGUACGGCGAGCGGCCCGGCAAGAAGAAGGGCGACCCCGAGUCCCCUGAAGGCGAGGAGGAGCUUAAGGCCGAGCCCGAGGAUGAGGAACCUGCCUUCGAACCCGAGCCCGAGGAAGAAGAGGAGGUCGUAGAGGAGGAAGAGGAGGAAGAGGAAGAGGAGGAAGAAGAGGAAGAGGAGGAAGAGGAAUAAAUCAGACACCACCACUACGUUGGAAAGAGAGCGCCACGCCGCCUGCACGCGCGCGGAUGUACUGUUUUAUAACCAAUCCAUUGACUAAUUAUAAUUUAUUUUUAUUAUUUAUACGA